UGUUGAUAUCAUCAGCAAACGUAUCUGAGGGCAUUAGAGGCCCGGCUUUAGGAGAAGCUUGUCCGUGGAUGACACAACAUGGCGCUGUAUCAAGGCGUUCCGCAAAUGCUCAACUCUCUGGACAGACUGGACCAAGCGGGCGUUGACGAAGCAACAGGCGACCUUGAUUCUUCUGACUAUGACCCUGACUUGUCUACAGAUGACCUUUACCCUACAGCAGACAACCAUGAUCACAUCCCAUCUGCGACAGCGAAAGUUGUAGGACCUGGGGGCAAAUAUUACUUCCCUGUACAGCGGCUACCAGAUGUACCCCCUAUGGGCUCUGAUCACGAAUCAGAUGAGUCGGAAACCGGACAGUGUGGCAUCGGAUGCUGCAAGCCCAAGUGUCCACAAAAAUGCGUCAGUCUCCCUGUGUUCGUCAUGUCGUACGGCGUGGCUGGCAUCUGGAUGAUCAUGACAGGCUCUCUGUUGGCCAGCCAGGUCACCUCCAUACAAAGACAUCUCGGACUGUCCAGUCGCUGGACAAGUCUGAUCCUGGGCGCUAACGACAUGGGCCAACUGUUCGCCGUCUUGUUGGGCAGCCACUUUGGCAAGUACACGCACAUCCCACGCUGCCUCUCUGUGUCCGGCAUACUCUUCGGCCUCGCCACGCUAGCCAUGUCUUUGGGCCGGCUGCAGGAGCCCAGCCUGGAUCAGCACUCAUCCGUCUCAACACUAAUGAAUGUAACGGUCGGAAGUGACAUCAACCAAAAAUAUGUCUGCGUACACAAGGAACCCUCGGAGCUGGAGGUCACGAGUGUGAAUGUGACCCUGUCUACAGUGACCCCUGACCUCACCGGGGAGCCCCCUGAAGCCCUGAGGUCCUCCUGGGUUUACUGGCUGCUUUUCAUCGCUGCGCUGCUGGGGGGAACCUCCAAGUCUUUCCGGAUCCCGUUACUGACAUAUUACGUGGAGCAGAACAUAAAGGAUAAAACUCGCUCUGCGCUCUAUCUUGGUUCCUCGUUCACCACCAUGGUGUUUGGUCCCCCGAUUGCCAUGCUCCUUGGCAGUUACCUCAGCACUUUGCCCUUUGACCUCUCAGACACAACAAUCUCCCAGCAUGACCAACGCUGGAUAGGCGCCUGGUGGCUUGGAUUCCUCAUUGUGGGCGGGGCGAGCAUAGUGUUCAACGUGCCAAUCAUGUUUUUCCCGAGGAGUAUGAAACGGAGGAAGCCGAGCCACAUCGAAGAUGACCACGCCCACAAGAGUGAACAGGACGAAAAAAAGCAGCCAAGGAACUCCAGGCUGAGAAGAACACGUCAUGUAGUGAUGGAACUUCCCCGGUCAAUCUGUCGGCUGUUUCGCCGGCCUGUGUUUCUCCUGGCCCUGGUCUCGGCCUGUGUCAACUGGCUCGCCUUCGCCGGCUUCUUCAUGUUCCUCCAGAAGUACGUGGAGAGCCAGUUCAAUAAGACGGCGCAGGAAGUUAGUCUGGCUUCUGGUGUGGUCAACAUUAUAUCCAUGGCUCUGGGCACAUUCGUUGGUGGUCUAAUCACAACCAAGCUCAAACUGGGCCUGCGUGGUUGCGUCCUAGUUACCAUGGUGACAGCUGCCAGCACAUCUCUCCUAGAUUUCCUGCAGUUCAUCUUCGGCUGUGACGACUCGAACAUCAUUGGGUUGACUGGCGGAUUUUCUCCAACUGCACGGCGGCGAACGUGACUUCCUUGACCCCUGGUCAGUGCCAGCUGGACUGCCCGUUCUUCAUCCCUUACAUGGCCGUGGUCUUUUCCUCAACGUUGAUAGCCUGCCUGGGCCUCAUGCCCAGCUAUAUGAUGACCAUUAGGUCGGUAGAGCCCAGGGAUGAGAGUCUAGCGGCUGGUCUUGUGUCUUUCAUCCAGACCAUACUAGGUUUCCUCCCAUCCCCGGUGAUCUACGGGAUCCUGGUAGACGCCACCUGCCGACUGUGGUCCCCCGGAAGUGGCUACUGCUUGCUGCACCACCGGGACCAAUUGCGCUUCCGGUUCUACGGACUAAAUAUCGGCCUGCGGGCCUGUGAUAUCUUAGUGCUGGCCGUUAUGUUGUGGCUGGUGCGCAAGGGGGACAGGGGGGAGAGGGAGAAGGAAGGAAAGACGAAAGGGAAGAAAGAAGAAGGGGAGGGAAGGGAGAUGGAGUUGAGGUGAGCUGUACAUUACAGUAACCAGUCCAAACAACUUUUUGUUUGAGUUUGAGAUUUUUAAAAAAAGAGGCAUAUCAACUUGACAUUUUAACGAUCACUAGAUGCAAUGAAAAAACAACAGAAAGAUAGACGCAUCAAAGGGAAAGAAAACACAUUAUGUAUGUGACCUAACAGUGGCGUCCUUUGUGAAGGUAAUGUCAAUAACUCAAUAACAAUCUUUAUUCAUCUGGCGGCAGAAAUUUGUUCUGGUAGCAUGUCAGCAAAACAACAGACACAUUUCACUAGGUGCUUGGGCCUGAGCACAUUCGUUUUAUUUAGAAAAAUUAGUUUUACCGCAUUUGAAACACUUACUAUUAGGUCAUAUAAGUGCUGAAGAUUAGUGGUGUUACAAUAGAGUAACAAACAUAAAAGGAAAGAGGAGA